AAUUUGUCAAAAUAAAACAACACUGUUUGCAACUUGCAUUUAAUUUUAAAAAUAGUCGUAUUUAAUACUAAGAAUGUCUAUACAAGUUGACAAUAAUUUAAAAGAUACUGAUAAUCAAGAAGUGUUCAAUCAGAAAGUGCAUUAUAUGCCAUGUAAAAUUGAAGAAGACGGUCACGCUAAUGUGCAAAAGUAUUUUUCACCUUACAUUCAAGAAAAUGAAAACGGGGAAUUAACAGCUACCUUCCGUGGACAUUCACUAGAUGGAGUAAAGAUGCCAGUUCCAGAAGGAUAUAGAGGUAUUGUGGUGACAGAGGCAAAGAGACCUCUGGCUGAAGAUGCUGAUAGAAAGUUCCAAGUAGCCGGUGGUUUUAAAGAAAUAGUCUAUUGGAAUUGGGAUAAAAAACCAUCAAAGAAUGAUAAUAUUGUAAAAGCAAUGGACUGGAUUGAUAUAGCUGAGGCGAUUCAUGGAGAUUAGAAAUAAAAUGCACUUUCGUUUUUAAAUAUUUAUUAAAUAACCAAUAACAGAACCACAUUAUCUAUGGUUUUAAAAACAAAAA